UCGCGCUCACCUCGGAUCGGAGUCCGUGGGACAGCCGUUUCAGUCAACCUUACGGUGUGUUGGUGGGUGGAGUGUUGCGGAUAUCUGGGUUUGAGGCAGACUGACACGCGAUCGCGACCUCUGCUACUUGAAUCUGUUAGAUGCUGAGACGGUGGGGCGGGACCUGUUUGUCAAAUACCCCCUCACCUUGCAGUGAUCACAGGCAAGCAAAUUAAAAAAAAAAAAAGAUACUACACUGCGCCAUUCAACAAUAGUGCCAGUGGAGUGUGUGCGUCAUAGCUCCAUAACGUAUUGGAUUAUCGAGAAAGAUAAAAGACAAACAUUACUGUGAAGAAAACACACGUGGCAGAGAGUGCACGUGGAAAAUGACCAUAAGCAUUCAGACACACACACGUCCUGAACUGAAAACUUGAGCCACACCCAAGACCCAAGAUACUGCUACUACACCUACUAAGUCUCCCAGAACUGGACUUCUGCACAUCAACCAUUCCCGUCAGCCACACCAGCAGGAUGGCGCGUAACUCCCUGAGCAUCACGACCCUGUAUUCCUCGGCCCAGUGUGUGCUGUCCGUGGUGGGCUCCGUUGGGGUCAUUCUGCUCUUUGCCGGCAUCCCGCAACUCAUAUACUCGCCAGUGGUCAGCGGCUCCAACCUCCUCACGUUCGUCAUGGGCGCCGUGCUUAUCAUGACCAUGGUGGCAGGGAAUACGCUUCUCAAUUACAAGUUCCGGAGGUUGAGCGGCGGCAGUGAGAACAGUGUGCAAUAUAGUAGCGAGGUCUGUGUGUUGGAUGGACCUUACUCAUCACAUCAUAAAGGAUGUUCAGGAAUCCAGCUGGCUCACACGUUGUGGUAUCUUGCUAACGGACAAGGCGGAAGUGGCGACGGGUCAGAAGCGAGAGCACGGGACCCAGAGGACAAACCUCCGAGCUACGACGCCAUCCUCACCCUAGACGGCCCUCCGCCUGAGUACUCCAGUAUCAUUCUCCAGAAACCACCGAAGUACGAGGAGAUCGUCAAGGAAACCUUCGCCGCCUGUGUGCCGAGUGACACCGCCACUUGCGCAUCUCCUCCGCUGCGCCAUGCGGAAGGAACUCCUGCUACUCGGAGCCAGAAAAAGAUUCUCACUCUCAACACAGUCGAGGAAGAAUCUGCUGGAGAUGAUUUGGGUUCUGAUGAGCAAAGUGGUAUAUAUGAAACACCUGCUAGGAGUGUGAGGCCGGAAGACGAAGAGCAGGGGAGUGGUGAGCCAGCAGACCGAUCUCUCCCCAGCAGAGAUCGGAUGUAUGUUGCGAGUGGAGCAGCGAGGAACAUGGAGUCACAGUUUCUGGACGAAUCGGAAACAUGAAAGGACCAUCGCGUUCACAAAAGUGCCAAGUCUUUCAUCAUGUAGCUUGAUUUAGAACCGAGAUUCAUGCUUGCAUUUUUUUUUUUUUUUUUUUUUUUUUUUUUUUUACAUUUCUGGUCAUGUCGUGAAGCUAGUCUGUGCUGAAGCUUUUAAUUGAAAAGUAUAUUUGCAAAUAAAGUUUUGAUUUUUGAUUUUGCAUUUAUAGAGAGGAGGGAGUUUAGUUAUUCAGCGUUAAUUUAUUACAUAACCUGCGAGGACAGACCGUUGGAAUACACACUUAUUUUAGAAUUUUGAUACAUUCCAAAAGAAACAAAAAAAUAUAUCACUAACUUAACCUAAUAAAACAGUGUUCCUUGUCCAUACGAAGAUUGGACUGUUGUGAAAGCUUUGCCCUGGAAAACAGUUGUUAAAAAAAAAAUCAGCGUGACUGAUGUCUCAGUCUUGGUUGUUUGGAAACAAUCCAAGAUGUCACACCCAAGUCGAGGAAAGCUGCAGAGCUGUGUGGAGAGAGAUCUUGUGGGUACGGUGAAGCAGAUGCACGGUUCGUGAUGUAUAUAUUAGUAUACAUGAUACAGAAUGGCCAUAUGCAGUACCAAAGAUAUGCCUGGAGACCUUGCUUCUUUUCUGGGACAGUGGUGGUACAGGCUUUACUCGUGCAUGCCCAAAAUGUGUUGUUGCAUUUACCGAAUUGUGAAAUUUGUGAAUACUUGUGAUUAUUAAUGGACACUUUUCUUCAAUGCAACAUGACAUCACGUUUCGGCCAGAAGAUCAGUACGAAAUCAGUCUUCCUUCAUACUGCUGUACCUGGACAUUACGAGAGCUAGCUGAUUUCUUAGUUAUUGUAAUCUGCAAUAACGUGAAUAUGUGUUUAGGUUACGAAAAACAUGUAUUUAUAAGGAGCAGAUGCUAGUGUUGAUAUGGCCACGCAUGUUUAUGUGUUUGCUGUGAAUGGAAGCCGUGCAGCAGCUGCGUGUAUGCCAAGGAAAAGCUGGGAUGGAACUGUUUGUUAAUUCCAUGAACUGCCGCCAGCCCUCACCAGUUGUGAUAUUCUCUUUAGUUAGAGCUUGAAAUAGCUUUGUGAUACAGUUAAUAAAAUUUUUAUACGAA